AUGUAUUGGCUUAUAGCAGAAGAAAAUGAUCCAGCUGCGGAGACUGUUCGAGCGCGACCUUUUAGCCAAACAUUUUCGUCACAAGAAGCAAAGCAGUGGGCCAUGUCUCGUCUACAUGUUUGCGAGGCAUCGCAUCACAACUGCCCCUCGGAGUCUGACUUUAUGCCCUUGAGACUAUUAAGACUUGUUCAAUGCCCGGACGGUAGCCUUUGCGUGGCACUACAGGACAUACCGAAAGGAGGCGACCAUACCAGAGUGGGCCGGUAUACAAGUCUGUCAUACUGCUGGGGCGGUCACCAAGAACUUCAGCUGAACGCCAAUACUGAAGUUACCUUAACAAAUGGCAUCCCAGUAUCUUCACUACCUCAGACCUUACAAGAUGCUGUUUUUGUGACCCACAAUUUAGGACUUCAGUUUAUCUGGGUCGACUGUCUUUGCAUUCGACAGGACGAUCCGCAAGAUAUUGCGCUAGAGAUUGCCCAAAUGCCCCAGAUCUACAAGAAUUCCUUCGUCACUAUAUCAGCUGCGAAAGCUAGGCACAGCAAUGAAGGCUUCCUUCACGAUAUCUCUUCACCCCCUGUCUCCGAACCAGCCUUCAGAUUACCUUUUGCCUGUCCUGAUGGAAGGCUUGGGUCCGUCAUACUCUCUAGUGGCUUGUUCAGAUCCCCUAUCAGUGAGCGAGCGUGGACACUCCAGGAGUAUAUCUUAUCUCGUCGAGUCCUUCAGUUUACCGAUGCUGGCCUGCACUGGACAUGUCGGGAAGCCGUCGGGUUUCGGCAAGAUGAUGCUUGCCUCGCACUGGAUUAUCUUCUACCGUUUCGAGACUCCUACCAUAUGUUCCAAGGGCUUUAUGAGAGUAAUAGAGCUUGCAGACAGUGGAUGAAUAUCGUUGAGGAAUACACCAAGCGGGACCUGACAUAUGAUCUUGAUAAACUACCAGCGAUUUCGGGUGUAGCUGAGGUUUGGGCACAAGCCCUCGAUGAUUCUUAUUUGGCCGGAAUAUGGCUUUCGCAUCUUCCUGGAGCACUUCUAUGGACAUCAGCACAGCCACAUGAGCAGCUGCAGCAGCCCGCAGAAUAUCUUGCACCUACCUGGUCGUGGGCCAGCCUGGUCGGUCAGAUUGAUUGGUUCGAUGGUAAAAUGACUACGAUUGAUCGAAGAGUAGUUAUUGUUUCUGGUUCAACCACCCCAAUGUAUCCAGGGGCUCGAUUUGGGCAGGUCUCGUCAGGUUCAUUGGUUGUUCGCGGCUACCUACAAGAGGCAGUCCUCACUGGCGAGCUUCCAUCUACGCAAUCGUCGUUUUCGGUACACCCUGAGAAUGUGACUGGUGAGGUGCUUGAUCUCGAUUUGGCAACUACAGAGCUUGACUUUUGGGACGAGGUGUUGGAGGAAAGAACUCGGGGUUGUAGAGUAUAUUGCCUUCAAAUCUGCCUUUUCGAGGAGGAUAGCCGGAGUGGUCCUUCAGGGCUCAUACUUGUCACACAAGACGAGAUGACGUUUCGUAGGGUUGGCGUAUUUGAAUUUGAACCCCCGCAGGAAGAGGGAAUGCAAUCCCCUGAGGAUUAUAACGUCCUGUUCCAGCGGUAUGAAGACACAUUAUAUGUCCAGCGAAGGGCUUUCUGCCAGGCUAAUCCGCGGACUAUCACGAUAGUCUAA